AUGGCGGCGAGUGUCGUUCGUCAGUGUUGUCGCCAUUUUCUGGGCAAAUCAUUAAUCCGCCGUGUUCCUGUAGUUUCUUCUGUCCGGUAAUGUAUGAAAUAUAUUUCCUACUUGACCUGAGGUGUUCAAAGUGUUGCCAACAAGGCAAGAAAUGAAUGUAAAUGAUGUUAUGUAACAGCGUUUAACGUUGGUGUUGUUUUGAAAGGAUAUGCUUCCUAAUGUUGAUGGCGCAUGAGCGAAUGUUGCAUCUAAUUUUCAGGUUAUAUAUUUCUUUAUGACAUAAGUAUUUUUGUUUAUUUUUCUGCUUUUCCCUGCAAAAAGAAAGAACAAAAACAAACUGAACCACAUUAAGUAUCUUAACCGGCUGAUAUUUGUCUCAGCUGUACGAAUCCCUUUUUAAACCUCUAAAAGUAUUGAACAUAUCAUUUUACAGGGCUUUACGACUGUUUUUUUAUUCUAUUUUGUGCAGACAUCUACGUCGGCUCCCUGUAAGUGAGGUUGAAGAGGAAAUGAAACCGCUGAAGUUGCAGGGUGAAUUAGCCUCCAUGGCAGGAACUAUUAUGUACCCUAAUGAAGAAUCUGCUAAGUGGGAUGUUGAUGGUACGGUAUUAAUAUUUUUAAAACUCUAACACCUGGAAUUGACUACAGUAGCAUGUAAUUUAUCAUUGGGAUUCCAAUAUGUUAUCUUGCAAGUAGGAUGUAACAACAGACAAGCCUAUCAGCUGGAGGCUGUUAUAUUGAUACAAGACCAAAUUCUCCUUUUUUUAUUCUUGAGGAAAUGUGUGGCGGUCAGAAGGGAGAAUUACUGGUUGGAUCUUAGGUUAAAGGGUCAAAUGUCAAUGAGGAUGGUGAUGCUUAAAAUGUUGAAAUGUUGAAUUAGACAUUGAUGUUGAUGUUGAUAUCAAUGAUGGCUAUGCAAGCCCUAAAAUUUUAUGGUAACAAUCAUUUCUUGCCAGCCACAACAUUAUUGAUACAACAUUUAUGAUAAGCUUGAACCUAAAAUUCAUAUUAAGACUAAUGGUAAUUUAAAAAGGUUCCCAUUAAUUUUCUCACAACCAGGUAACUGUUCCCACUCUAAUCUUUGGGCACAGAACUGAAAAAUUGCUCUCUGUAGAAUUUUGAAUCUUAGCUCUUGACAGUUUCAGUAAUGCUGACAAUUCUUUUUUUUCGCUCUGUAGUUCCUGUUCAGGAAAAGCUGGUCACAAACAUGACUGUCAACUUUGGUCCCCAACAUCCAGCUGCCCAUGGAGUGUUGAGGCUUGUUUUGGAACUUGAUGGAGAGGUUGGUAAACUUUUAUCAUGAUGAUUUAAGUUUUUCAUUGAAUGUAAACAGUUAUUCUCAUGUAAAAUGAGCAUUGAAUGACAAUAUAUGCACAAAUCCAUUGUAAAUCUGAUGUGAAUAUAAAAGAAGUAACCAGAGCAGUUAAUGAUGCCAUCUGAAUGAGACCAAUGAGUUAUCAACUCUUUCUGUCUUCUUCUCUUUCCUUUUCAGGUUAUUAUGCGUGCAGAUCCACAUAUUGGUCUUUUGCAUCGUGCAACAGAGAAGUUGAUAGAAUACAAAACAUAUCUGCAGGUGUGUAUAGAAUUAAAGUUUUUAAAUACUGAACUGUGUAUUGUACCAUUCAACUCAGUUAGGCAAAGCAUCAAAGCUGUGGAUGAAACCCUAAGAAUGCUGUUUAGUUGUGCCAUGCAUAUUCUCUAUACUGCUCUCUACACAUUUCCCAAGAAGAACCCUUUAACUCCCAAGACCCAAUUGUAAGUUCUCACCUCUAGCUGCUAUACAUUUCCUUGUGAAUUAGUUUGGAGAAUUUGCUGUUGGGUCAAGACAACAACUUCAACCUGAUAAGUUUGAGAAUUCUCACGAACGUUUUGUUGUAUAAUGUAUGGAUAUGAUAAGGAGAAGUUACAUGUUAAUCACUUCUGGGAGUUAAAGGGUUAACAGUCAAGAGCUUCUUCAUUGGUGAUCAUUUCCUUUAUCCUUGUGACUUUAAUGUAUUCAGGGGUGAUAUUGUGAUGAGAAAUCAGAUGCUAAUCACUCUUAGGGAUGAAAAAGUUAAAACCCAAGCAUCUGUAUACAUAUUCUUCAUACUGCUCUCUUUAUUUCUCAUGUGGUACUGCCUAGGAGAAUUUGUUGGACAAUCAAGAGGUUUUUUAGUUGGCCAUAUUUCUUUUAUUCUCCUCACCUAUGUGUUGGAUUUAGUAGUGAUACUGGGAAGAGAAAUUAGAUAUUAGUCACUCUUAGGAGUUAAAAGGUGAAAUUGGCACUGUUCUUUAGUUCUGCACAAGGUGGUUUCAAACUCUUUGAUUUAAUCAUAAUGUAGUAGUCUUGAUUUCUUUGUAAAUUUAACCUUUUUUUGGAGUGGAAGGGGAAAUUCUCAUUUUUAUGGAAUCAAUAAUUUUUCAGGCCCUGCCUUACUUUGAUCGCCUGGAUUAUGUCUCCAUGAUGACAAAUGAGCAGUGUUACUCCUUAGCAGUGGAGAGACUUCUAAACAUCGACAUUCCAGAAAGAGCUAAAUGGAUCAGAGGUACACUGUACAUCUAAGGCCUGUCUCAAUAGCUAACCCUUGAGGUAUUCUCAGAAUACAAACAGGUUGUUAGAACAUGCAUUCAAAUUAAGGAUGUUUAGAAAAUUGCUAGAAAAAUUCUCAGAGCUCUUCACAGCUAAAAUUGAACUUAUUAAAGGGCACUUCUUCUGCUCCAUUAAUCUACUGCUAAAUUUUGCAUAUAAUUUGUUUCCUUUUAUAGUGUUAUUUGCAGAGAUCACCAGAAUACUGAACCACAUCAUGGGUGUAGGUACUCAUGCUCUUGAUGUAGGUGCCAUGACACCAUUCUUUUGGCUGUUUGAAGAGAGAGAAAAGGUGAUUGUUAUCAAAGGACUAACAGAAGGGAUUAGAAAAAAAAACAUAUUUAUCUACAAUGGGUGUAAUUAGACAUCUUUUAUUAUCAGGAAUGUCAAAAUAACCUAUCAACCAGCGCAUUCCAGUGUCUACACUGGUUAUUCCGAAUGCUUGUGACUCAAUUUUGAGGCUUUAAAUACUUAACAAGUAUUCACUGAAGUGGGGGGAAUAGUGGUGAAUAUUUACCUUGCAUCAAAACACAGCAAUAUACCAAAAAAUAAGCAGAGCCAUGAUUUUGUCUCAUCACUUGCUCCAAGGUGAAUAGUACUUACCCUUCACUUCCUUUCUAGCCAAUCAGAUACGUCACUUACCUGAUAUUGCGACAAGUUUUGGUGAAUACAACAUGUGAUCCAGUUUUGUAAACAUACUUUGUUAGCACAAUUUAAGUUUGCUUUUCUAAUCUGAGCUGGUCAAAUAUGUGAUGUUUAUCACUUAGUAAACUGCACGUCUUUCACACCCAGCAUAAAAUGUUAAGGAUUUGAUUUGGUCUUUCUUUAGUUGAUGGAAUUUUAUGAACGUGUGUCUGGUGCACGCAUGCAUGCAGCUUAUGUAAGACCAGGAGGAGUUUCUCUGGUAAGUUCAUAAUAACACUCUUCGAGUUAAUAUUUGACAAAAUAGGAACAAACUGUAAUGAUUUUAAGAUCUUCUUAUGGACUUUUGUGAUGCUCAGUUUUUUCCUAUCUAUGAGCUAUGUGAAGACAGAGGGUAAUUGGUUACAGUCAGGAUUGAGAGGUGUGGAAUGGGGUUGCAAAGCUAGAUAAACAUAGAGGCCCUAUGCAUCUUAAAGAACAAGUGGAUUGUCCAGUCUUCCCAGAAUGAAAAUUCCAAUUAUGAGAGAUCUGGUAAAUUAUGUGAUGUUUAUUGCUUUAAAAACUUUGGAUCUUGCCUCUCUCCCCCCUCCCCCCCCCCCCCUGGCAAUAAAUUGCAGGUUGCUGCUGAUGUCACGAUAAAUUCUGUCGAGUAUCAGAAUAUGAUAAGCAGCUACUGCAAUUGUAAAAGUUUUUGUGUUGGUGUUUGAUACAAUUGGAUGGCUCAGCCAAAGCAAUCUCAAUGGCCAAUUAGAAUGGUGGUUAACAGCACAAUAGGUCAAUCAGAACUCUUAGUAAACAAGCCUAAAAAAUCAUGAGAUACCAAGUUAUUUUGGUUUUAGUUUUGGAUCUUUUUGUCGAGAGUACAAUGCAACUAUACCUGACCCUUCACAAUUUUAAGUAAAGCAAAACAAUUGCAAUCUUGACUCAUUUUUGUCACUCAGAUGAUAAGUAUCUUGCACAUGCUAAUAAAAUGGAAUUAUUGUCAUGCACAAAUGAUUAUUAUUUUUUAUCAGGAUAUGCCAAUUGGUUUAAUGGAUGACAUUUAUGACUUCAUUUCAAAGUUUGCUGAGAGACUAGAUGACCUUGAAGAGGUAAUUUUACAACAAAUCCAGCAAUUUCAUCUCUUGACAUUUGAGGCUAACGUGCAAAAGUCAGCUUCAGAGACUCUAAAUAAAUAUACAUUUCAAAUUCUUCAAUAUGUUUCUUGGACACAAAACAUUUUAGUUUGGUAGAGCACUGUUGAAUGAAAUUGAACAACAUGCUGAUCUUGAGUUUCCAAGGAAAUCAGUCCUUUUCCCACAUUACGCUUAAAAACUAUCUCUUCAUGUACACUGCAAGUAACUUCCUGAAAUCAUAAAGGAGAAGAGAAAUUGAGAGGAGAGAAAUUCAGUGGGUUUGCCUCUUAUUGAAAAUCAAGAUUACUUGUGAGUUAGUGAAAGGUUCUAAUGAAGUGCAGAAGUUGAAUUUAUGAAAGGAGGAAAUGCUUUAUUAUGAAAGUUCGUUUUGACUAUUUCAGAUGUUGACAAACAACAGAAUCUGGAAACAGCGCACAGUUGAUAUUGGAGUGGUAACAGUGGAAGAUGCUCUUAAUUGGGGUUUCAGGUUUGUGAGAUUUUGUCACCUGACAUUGUACAUACAGUUUAACCUGUAUCAAGAGUUUACCAAUGCUUGGUUAGCUUUUAUUGGUUGAGCACCUAUCUAGAAAGUCCAAGACAUAUAGUGGCCUCACAGUUAGCAGGCCUCCACAGCAGAUAACCCUUUAACUCCCAUGAGUGACCGAGACAAAAUUUCUCCUCACAAUAUCAAUACAAUAUCAAGCAGACAAGCAAUGAGAAUAAAGAAAAAUUUAUCAGCUAGGGGAUCAUAAGUUGAUCCAAUACCAAAUUCUCCAAACUAACAUCACAAGAACUGUAUGGCAGACAGUUAGGAGAAUUACUUAUGAGAUCUUGGGAGUUAAAGGGAUAAGGUUUAUGAUUAUCUUUUUUUUUCCUUUAGUGGAGUCAUGUUGCGUGGAUCUGGAAUCAAGUGGGAUCUGCGAAAAUCCCAGCCGUAUGAUGCCUAUGAUAAAGUGGAGUUUGAUGUUCCCAUCGGCAAAAAUGGAGACUGUUAUGACAGGUGCAGUAAGACGUAAAAUAAAAAACUUAAGCGUUGAGAGAGUACUGGCGAGGCAACUAACUAAGAAUCAAAAAGUUUGACUUUUUGUUUCAUUUGGUGAUUGAAACCAUUUCAGGUAUUUGAUCAGAGUGGAGGAAAUGCGGCAGAGUAUGAGAAUUAUUGAACAGGUAUGUGUCACUAUAAGCCAUGUCACGACAAUUUAGAAAAUGCAGUGCAGUUGUCAUAAGGCAAAUGCCUCUCCAAAAAUGGCCAUUGGCAUCUAAGUUAAACAAUUUUAAGAGGCAAAUCAAUUAAAAUGUUCCUGCCUUCUUUUAGUGUCUGAACAAGAUGCCUGCAGGAGAGAUUAAAGUAGAUGAUGCCAAAAUCUCACCACCAAAGAGGGCAGAAAUGAAGGUAAUGAUAAUAUUGCUAUCAUUGGAAUAACAGUUAUUUGUUGAUCAUGGUACUUAAAUACAAUAAUGAUGAUGGUUCAUCAUUUGUCUUUCUGUGUAGUUACUCCUGACACUAUAUUCUGGUGUGCGGCAUUGAAAUUUUUGUACACUUGAAACCUGUAUUGCUGUAAGGAUUCGAUUUAGUGCCUGGGGCAUUUAUUCACUUAUUACACUUCUAGGGAGGGCGCUUAUUCAAAACAGAGCGCUUAUAAGGGACUGGGCACUUUUUUUUUUUUUUUUUUUUUUUCGAGAAACAACAGAAUGUGCAAAAAAAUUCUUGAAUCGGUGUUUAUUUAAAAAAAAACACAUGAAAAAUUUCUGCUUUGAUUUUUAUUGACUUCUGCAGGAGUCUAUGGAAGCACUUAUUCACCAUUUCAAGCUCUACACGGAAGGUUAUCAAGUGCCACCGGGUGCAACAUACACAGCGAUUGAGGCCCCUAAGGUACGAACAUCGCGCGCUAGCUUUAUUUGAUAUUUUUGGAGUGUUCUGUUGACACUCUGCAACGCAACUGUGAUUAUGAACUUUACAACCCUGGCUAAAAGGUCUUGGGACGUCCUUAAAAACACUUGCAAAGGUGUCCGCGUUAAUGAUUGUCGCACAGAGAUUACUGCGGCUUUAAAGUGAAGAGAGAACGAAAGUGGUGAUAUUAGAGGUGAUUCUUUUUCCCUGGACAAUGUUGAUUGCAAGGGUUACUAUCCGAAACGACUGACAACAACAUUGUAAAAAGAAAAGAACAUGACAAACGGACCUCAUACCGGAAUUGACCGGCUUUGCGCGCGCACUCUCACAUUUGUUCCUCAAGGCUUUGGCAUUGAUUGUACUAUUCUUGAGGUAAAUUCUUAUUUACUUAAAGCGUUGCGCAAAGUCUUUCCCUUCUCCUCGUUGCCCAGGAGGGAAGUUUGUGAGAGAGACUGACCUCUCGUGUUAAUGACGAGAUGGAUUGUUAGUAAAAGGGGUGCUUCUUUUCUUGUUGUCUGUAGGGAGAGUUUGGUGUUUAUCUUGUUUCGGACGGCACUAGCAGGCCUUACCGCUGUAAAAUAAAAGCUCCUGGAUUUGCACAUUUGGUAAGUUGGUUUUUCAUCGUGGUUCAACUGGAAGUCUUUGUUGAGAUAUUCAUUUUUCGUGGGGUAGAGUAAUUUUUAACCCUUUACACCCUAAGGUCAGUGUGCAUAUUCUCCAUACUGUUCUCAGUAUAUUUGUUAAGGUGCUGACAAGGAGAAUUUGUCUAACAAUCAAGAGCUUCCUUAGUUGGUGAUCUUUUUUUUAAAAUUCUCGUUACCUUUGUGUGUGAUUCAAGGGUGAUAUUGUAAGGAGAAAUUGGAUGAUAGUCACUCCUAGGGGUUAAAGGGGUUAAGCGAGUGUCGAAGGUAAUGCGGGAUUGCCAUGUUUCAGCUAUUCUUCGUUCUAUGAUUGGUCUAGAAAACUCGCGCCACUUUUUCAACCAAUCAGCUUGAAAACUAAAAACCACAUUUAUCACAUCCUGAUUUUGUUAUUGCAGUUAUAUUCGCACAUAAAACCUUUCUGAUUUUUUUUUUUUUUAUCUUCAGGCUGGUUUGGAAAUGAUGUCCACUGGACAUAUGUUGGCUGAUGUUGUGGCCAUUAUUGGUAAGCGUUACCCACAAUUUUUUUAUUCCACUUGUUGGCUUAAAACCAUUCGCUAGCUUUUACGCUCGUAAAAACGCCCAGUAUGCGUAUUGCAAUAUAAUUUUGUUUUAUCAACUGAGUAAAUAAUGUAAAUUGGCCACCGUGAAGGGUUACCAAGUAGACAUUUCGAGCGUGAACCCUUCGUCAUAGCGAAAGGGCCAACGAAGGGCUAACGAAGGGCUAAUGAAGGGCUAACGAAGGGCUAACAACGCUCUGCCAAAGGGCUGACGCUCGGAACGUCGAAACGUCAGUAUGAACUCCUUACGGUGGCCAAUUUUCGUUAUCAACUCAGUUGAUAAAACAAAAUUACCUAAUUUUAGAUUAGUUUUGACACCACGAAACUAAGGGGUCGCAAUAAAAGCUGGUUACCAUUACUCUACCGCCGCCUAUAAGGCCUCUUAUCGCUGUCUGUUGAGCCUGCGAGCACGCACAGGUUUGGGUUUCGCUCUAUGGCACGGUUGCCUGUUAAACCAUCGGCAGCCGCUAAAAAGAAAAAGUUAUUGAAACCCCUAAAAUUGCUCUGAAUUAUUUCCCUACGCACAUGCUUGGUUAUCUCACGCAUUUUUCCCCCCUUUUUUUAUGUCUCCACAGGCACCCUUGAUGUCGUCUUUGGAGAAAUCGAUCGCUAAGCUCCUUGGUAAUCGGUAAAAUUAAGGUUUUCUUGCAUCAGAUGGUUAACUUUACAGCAUGUCUUUAUGACGUACUAUAUUUUUUAAAGAGUUAAGUGCAUAUGUUGAAUGAUAUUGUGUGCUACUGUCCGAAUUCUGGUUUUCUUAGAAGUUUUAUUGUUUUCAUCUCUGCCCCUCUUUGUAUUAAGGUGGAAAACUGUAUUAUCUGCAACUUGAACACAUUUCUUGAAAACGCGUUUCACAUGGAGAAAUGGUUGUGUGAUGACUCAAAUUACAUCUGUGAAGGACAUGAAUGGCUGUCAGUAUAACUUUGUAAAAUAGAAGGAAAUUUCAAUAAACAACCUCUUAAGAUAAAUGGCAUUUUAUUGACUUCUACAUAUUUUGGCGCCUUUACUGUUCUUUUCAUUCUUUUACUUGUCAAGGAAGGAAUUGUUGAGCGUAAGAACAUUUACUGUACAUUUUUCUGUGUAACAAAAUGGCUGACGGAAAUUACACUUGUUUCGUCAUCGAUCGCAAGCAGAAAAAUAAACAAUUUUUUGAAGGUAAUAUUAUCAAGAUGGGCUAGAAACUUGAACAGGAACUUUGGUGAAAGAAGAACCCUAUUUUCUAAACAGCAACCGCAAGGUUAAAAAGUCAAG